AUGACAGAGACCCGUGAGCCAGCUGAGACCGGGGGCUACGCCAGCUUGGAAGAAGACGACGAAGAUCUUUCCCCAGGCCCUGAGCAUUCCUCCGACUCAGAAUACACACUCUCAGAGCCGGACUCAGAAGAAGAAGAGGAUGAAGAGGAGGAGGAGGAAGAGACCACUGACGAUCCCGAAUAUGAUCCUGGCUACAAGGUGAAGCAGCGCCUGGGGGGCGGCCGGGGCGGCCCUUCCCGCCGGGCCCCCCGUGCAGCCCAGCCCCCGGGCCCCUCCGCCCAACCCUGCCAGCUUUGUGGCCGCCCACCUCUUGGGGAGGCCCCACCAGGCACCCCACCUUGCCGACUCCGCUGCCCCGCUACAGCCCCCCAGGAAGCGCCAGUCCCCGAAGGCAGGGCCCUUGGGGAGGAAGAGGAAGAGCCUCCUCGGGCAGGGGAGGGGCCUGGGGAAGGCCAACCAGCUGGGAGGGAGGAGGAGGAAGAGGAGGAAGACGAGGGCUCCUACCAGUGUACAGAGUGUGACGAUUCCUUCGACAACCUCGGGGAGCUCCACGGCCACUUCAUGCUACAUGCCCGGGGGGAGGUGUAG